AUGCCAGACACCAGACACCAGACAGCAGACAGCAGACAUCAGAUACCAGACGCUAGACACAAGACACCAGACGUCAGACAGCAGAUACCAGACACCAGGUGCCAGACACCAGACACCAGACGUCAGACAGCAGAUACCAGACACCAGGUGCCAGACACCAGGCACCAGGCACCAGAUGCCAGACAGCAGACAGCAGACAGCAGACACCAGAUACCAGACGCUAGACACCAGACACCAGACGUCAGACAGCAGAUACCAGACACCAGGUGCCAGACACCAGGCACCAGGCACCAGAUGCCAGACAGCAGACAGCAGACAGCAGAUACCAGACGCUAG